AACUCCUGCCUCUUCCCCCCUUUCCUUCCUCCAGCCUCUCCACGCCGCUCUCGGGAGCAAGGGAGCUCGUUUUCCCCUUCCAAUGGCCCCACCUCGAUUGAGGUUUCUCCUCCUCCUGGCUUGCUGCUUCUCCUGCUCUGAAACACAGCUCCUGGACUGGGUUUGGGACAGCACGAAAACCACAGGAAGCCCAGCAGCACCCAGCGAGGGAAUCCUGGCGUCGGACCCACCGGCCUCAGAGGCAGCUGCGGCUCCCAGCCCAUCCCCAGGGACGUGGGGUGGCGAGGUGCUGGGGAAUGUCAGCACCCCGCCGUGGCAGGAGUCAGAUCCUGCUACAGCAGCACCUGUGGGUGGGGGAACUGCAGCCAAAACCACGGAGCAGUGGGACAGGAAUGCCACAAGGCUGCUGGAGAGCACGGCACGGCCAAGCGUCGCUCCUCCCCGCAGCAUGUCACCUGCCCCAGGACAGCAAGCCAGCAGCACCACCGACGAUCCCCAGCUCCUGGGGACAGGGACCCACAAGGAUCCGCAGCUCCUGAGGAUGAGGACCACCAAAGACACCCAGUUCCUGGGGCCAGUGACCUCCAAGGACCCGCAGCUCCUGGGGACAAGGACUACUGAGAAUCUGCAGCUGCUGGGGUCAGGAAGCACUGAAAACCCACAGCUCCUGAGGAUGGAGAUCACGGAGGACUCCCCGCUCCUGGGGUCAGGGACUACUGAGGACCUGCAGCUGCUGGGGUUGGGCACCACUGAGGACCAACAGCUCCUAGGGACGAUGAGUACCACAGACCUGCAGCUCCUGGAAACAGGGCACACCGAGGACCCACAGCUCCCGGGCAUGGGGACCACUGAGAAUCCGCAGCUCCUGGCGAUGAGGAACACCAAGGACACACAGCUCCUGAGGACAGUGACCACUGAGAACCCAGAGCUCCUGGGGAACACUGAGAACCCACUGCUCCUGUGGACGGUGACCCCUGAGGACCCAGAGCUCCUGAGGACAGAAACUCCUACAGCAAUGGAGACACAGGUGUCCUUGCAGAGACCAGUGGGUCCCCAGCCAGAGAGCCUGAGUGCCGAGGUCAGCCUGCUGGAGCUGAUCGGGGACCCACCGACGGAGGAAAUCCACAGAAUUUAUGGUCCCGACAACAACCCUGGCUAUGUCUUCGGUCCCAACGCCAACACGGGCCAGGUGGCCCGGUACCACCUGCCGAGCCCUUUCUACCGGGACUUCUCGCUGCUCUUCCACAUCCAGCCCACCACGCCCCGGGCUGGCGUGCUCUUUGCUGUCACGGACUCCUCGCAGAGCAUCAUCUACGUGGGCGUCAAGCUCUCAGAGCUGCAGGCGGGCCAGCAGCAGAUCAUCUUCUACUACACGGAACCGGGCUCGCCCAGCUCCUACCCAGCUGCCACCUUCACCGUGCCCACCCUGCUCAACCAGUGGACGCGCUUCGCCAUCAGUGUGGAGGAGGAGGAAGUUGUCCUCUACCUGGAUUGUGAGGAGCACGAGCGCGUCCAUUUCGAGCGCUCCCCGGACGAGAUGGAGCUGGAGGAGGGCUCCGGGCUCUUUGUUGCUCAGGCUGGAGGGGCGGACCCGGAUAAGUACCAGGGGGUGAUUGCAGAUUUGAAGCUGCGAGGGGACCCGCGGGCGGCCGAGCGCCAGUGCGAGGAAGAGGAGGACGAUGCAGAGGUGUCUGGGGAUUUUGGCAGCGGUAUGGAAGGUGGACAGCAGCCCUCCUCGGGCAAGGUCGAGGGUGUCCCAGGGCUGGUGAAUGCUGUCCCCGUGACCUCCCCCCCCGUGGCGGGGAGCAGUGGCCCGAGGAGCGGCGGGGGGUCCCCACAGCAAGCUGAGAGGACCAGGGCGGAGGAGACGCUGCGGGUCUCCACGGGAGGCACUGGCUGGAAAGGCGAAAAGGGGGAGAAGGGGGAACGUGGCUUGAAAGGAGACUCAGGGACUGGUGGCAUCGUAGGGCCAGGCAGUGUCAAGGGUCAAAAGGGGGAAAAAGGAGACUUGGGAGUCAAGGGCAGUGCAGGAUUUGGCUAUCCUGGCUCUAAGGGCCAAAAAGGAGAACCAGGUGACCCUGGACGCCCCGGGACCCUCUCUCGGCACGCUGAUGGCUCGGUGGUGGAGCAGGUCACCGGCCCCCCAGGGCCGCCGGGGAAGGACGGAUUCCCUGGCAGGGAUGGUGAGCCUGGAGAUCCUGGCGAGGAUGGCAAACCGGGUGAAAUGGGGCCCCCGGGGUUCCCCGGGAUGCCGGGGGAGCCGGGCCUGAAGGGGGAGAAGGGUGACCCAGGCCUGGGGCCGAGGGGGCCCCCUGGACCACCUGGGCCUCCAGGACCGCCGGGACCCUCCUCCAAGAAUGACAAGCUGACCUUCAUCGACAUGGAGGGCUCCGGCUUCGGCAGUGACUUGGAGAGCCUGCGGGGUCCACGAGGGCCCCCUGGUCCCCCAGGGCCACCUGGCGUGCCCGGUUUGCCAGGGGAGCCAGGACGGUUUGGGAUGAACCGCACAGACCUGCCGGGACCACCAGGGCUGCCAGGCAGGGACGGGAUCCCCGGGCCCCCAGGGCCAGCGGGUCCUCAGGGUCCUCCAGGAAGAGACGGGGAGGCUGGGCAGCCGGGGCCCAAAGGAGAGCGGGGUGAUGUAGGUGACCUCGGCCUCCCUGGCCUGCCGGGACCCAAGGGCAGCAAAGGAGAACCAGGACCAGCAGGACCGCCAGGAGAAAUGGGCUUAGCUGGCCUUCCUGGGCCCAUUGGACCGCAAGGGCAGCCAGGGCCCCCUGGCCCCCCAGGACCACCAGGGCCAGGCUACGAGGCUGGAUUUGGUGACAUGGAGGGCUCGGGGCUGUCAUUCACCCCUGGACCACCUGGACCUGCAGGACCACAGGGUGUGCUGGGACUGCCGGGGAUGAAGGGAGAGGUCGGCAGCCCCGGACAGCCUGGCUUGCCGGGACCGAAGGGAGAUGCUGGCAUGCCUGGUGUGGAUGGCCGCCCUGGCCUGGAGGGUUUCCCUGGACCACAGGGACCCAAAGGUGACAAAGGCAGCGCCGGUGAGAAGGGAGAGCGAGGCCAAGAUGGAGUGGGGCUGCCUGGCCCCCCUGGCCCGCCUGGUCCCCCUGGACAGGUCAUCACUGUCUCCGGUGAAGAUAAGUCUUUGGUGGCUUUUCCCGGUCCAGAGGGCAGACCAGGCCAUGCUGGCUUCCCGGGUCCAGUGGGACCGAAAGGAGACCAGGGGUCAACUGGUCCCCAGGGUGCCCCAGGGUUGAAGGGGGAGAAGGGGGAGCCCGGUGUCAUCAUCAGCCCUGAUGGGACUGUGGUCACUGCCAAGGUGAAAGGAGAAAAGGGGGAGCCAGGGCUGCGGGGCCCGAUGGGACCAUCGGGUCCUCCAGGACGAGCAGGGAUGAAGGGAGAGAUCGGCUUUCCAGGCAGACCUGGACGUCCUGGCAUGAACGGGCUGAAGGGUGAGAAGGGUGACCCUGCGGAUGUGCUGGGCUCGCGGGGUCCCCCAGGCCCCCCAGGACCCCCUGGGCCUCCUGGGCCACCUGGCAGCAUAGUCUACAACAACGGCAAUACCUUCAGUGACUCCAGCCAUCCAGCGUUCCCUGGCUUCCAUCGGUUCCCAGGACAAAAGGGAGAGAAAGGUGACACUGGACCCCCAGGACCCCCAGGCCAGCUCCCCUAUGAUGUGAGUCACUUCACUACUAGCCUGCGGGGGGACAAGGGGGAUGCAGGUCCCAAGGGUGAGAAGGGCGAGCCGGGCAGCACCCCACUCUACGGUCCUGGGGUCUCUGGACUUCCAGGGCCUCCAGGGCCCCAGGGAUAUCCUGGGCUGCCGGGUCCCAAGGGGGACAGUAUUGUUGGGCCACCGGGGCCUCCAGGACCUCAAGGUCCCCCUGGUGUGGGAUACGAGGGGAGGCAGGGACCCCCUGGCCCUCCUGGUCCACCUGGGCCACCUUCCUUCCCAGGUCCCCACAGACAAGCUGUCAGCAUCCCUGGACCCCCAGGACCACCAGGACCCCCCGGACCUCCAGGCACUAGCGGGAUGUCCCUGGGGCUCCGGGCCAUGCCCACGUACCAGGCAAUGCUGAGCGCCGCACAUGAGCUGCCCGAGGGCAGCCUCGUCUUCCUGACCAGCCGGCAGGAGCUCUAUGUCCGCCUGCGUGGGGGCUUCCGCAGGGUGCUGCUGGAGGAGCACAACCUGAUCCCCAGUUCGGCUCUGGACAACGAGGUGUACGACAAGCCACCCACCCUCCACUACGCCAGCCCCCAGCCCCGUGGGCCCCUCCACCCGCUCCGCAACCACGUCCCCCCGGCCACCGCCCGUCCCUGGCACGGGGACGAGGUGGUGGCCAACCAGCACCGCCUGCCUGAGAAGCCCCUGCUGCACCACCAGCAAGAGCUCAUCAAUGGGUACUAUGUCCACCACCGGCCAGAUCCCGCCCCUGUGGCCGCCCACGUGCACCAGGACUUCCAGCCUGCCGUGAGUGCCACGUGCUGGCCAAGGGGAGCUGAUGGCGGUGGCCAAAGACGUGUCCCUCAAGCCCCUGUCAUCUCCUCUUGGCAGCUCCACCUGGUGGCCCUGAACACCCCGCAGAGCGGCGGCAUGCGCGGCAUCCGGGGCGCCGAUUUCCAGUGCUUCCAGCAAGCCCGGCAGGUUGGGCUGGCCGGCACCUUCCGCGCCUUCCUGUCCUCGCGCCUGCAGGAUCUCUACAGCAUCGUGCGCAGGGCUGACCGCACCGACGUCCCCAUCGUCAACCUCCGGGAUGAAGUGCUCUUCAAUAACUGGGAAGCCCUUUUCAUGGGCAGUGGGGCCCCGCUGCGAGCCGGCACUCGCAUCCUCUCCUUUGAUGGCCGGGAUGUCCUGCAGGAUGCGGGAUGGCCACAGAAGAAUGUCUGGCACGGCUCAGACGCCAAGGGCCGGCGCCUGCCCGAGAGCUACUGCGAGACAUGGCGGACAGAGGAGCGCGCAGUCACUGGCCAGGCUUCCUCCCUGGCCUCUGGAAAACUGCUGGAGCAGGCGGCCAGCAGCUGCCAGCAUGCCUUCAUUGUCCUCUGCAUCGAGAACAGCUUCAUGACUGCCGCCAAAAAGUGACACCUGCCCUGAUGCCCCCUGGGUACCGCCAUGUCCCCAGGGAGGGUUGGGCCAGCCUGCAGUCCGGCACCCCUGGGCCCCUCAGCUCCCUCCACAUGCCCGCUCUCGCCCCGCAGGGUUUCCUUCUCCCGCAGACCUGAAGCCAAAGAGUAUUGCCAUGGCCCCUGCCCUGGGUUGGCAGGGGCUUAGGUCCACCCCCCGGGGCAGGGCAGCCAUGGGCUGGUGGCCUCCUCCAACUCCUAAUAUUUAACCAUUCAGCUUGUUCCCCUCCCUGCUCAAAUGCUCUCUUUGGGGUGGCUGGGUGGAAGGAUGCUCAGCAGGGAGAUUUCUGUGCUGCCAUGCAGGCUGUCCCCCCAAAAAAGCCUGUGGGGCCUCUCUCACCAGCUCCCCCGGCCCUGCGCUAUCCUCACCAGGAGCUUGGGGUUGGACACAAAUCCCUGCUGCUGAGGCCAUGGGGUCUUCUCCAGCCAAGACCCCAGCAUCCCAACCAAGGCACUGUCCCAUUGUGAUGUUGGGGCUCUCCCAGAUGGUCUCCAUCCUCCUCAGGUAAGGACCAUCCCAUCAUCAUCCUCAUCUCCACCUCCCAGCCAGCAGAGCUCUGGUGGGGGUCCGAUCUUCCCCAUCCCAUCCACGCACCCUGGGGACCCCCAGCUGUGCCCCCACAGCCCAGGUACAGCCCCAGCCAGCCCAGCACAGCACAGGUACUGGGGUGACAGGGUGGCUCCGAGGCACGGCAAGCUGUGCCCUUGGCAUGUGUUUCUCUGUGUGUGCGUGUUGAGCACGUGUGGGUACCGAGGACAAGCACCGCUCUCCCUCCUCCCCAUGCCACCCUUGGUGGGCUCGGACCGCAAAGGCGCAGCAAAGCUGGUCAGAAUUGCUGUGGGCAAAUCCAAGGUGCUAAAAAAAAAAAAAAAAAAACCAAAAAAACCCCCACAAACGAGGAAAAGAAGAAAGAGAAAU